AUGUUUGUGAACCAGUGCACCCGUCGACCACACAUGAACGUGUUUGUGCUGCUGCUCGGUGCGACUGUGAUAUGUCCCGCAUAUGGCAUCAUUGAUCGGCUGGUGGUGCAAACCAGCAGCGGCCCGAUACGUGGACGCUCGACCAUGGUGCAGGGGCGUGAGGUGCACGUGUUCAACGGUGUCCCGUUCGCGAAGCCACCGGUCGACAGCUUACGGUUUAAGAAGCCUGUCCCAGCCGAACCAUGGCACGGGGUGCUGGAUGCAACCAGACUACCUCCAUCAUGCAUACAGGAACGUUAUGAAUAUUUCCCUGGCUUCGCGGGCGAAGAAAUGUGGAACCCGAACACGAACGUGUCGGAAGAUUGUCUGUAUCUAAACAUAUGGGUGCCAACGAAAACGCGGCUCCGACAUGGUAGGGGACUGAACUUUGGCAGCAAUGAUUACUUCCAAGAUGAUGACGACUUCCAGCGUCAGCAUCAGUCGAAGGGUGGGCUGGCGAUGCUUGUUUGGAUUUAUGGCGGAGGGUUCAUGAGCGGCACCUCGACGCUAGACAUUUACAACGCAGAAAUACUGGCCGCAGUAGGUAAUGUUAUCGUCGCAUCGAUGCAGUACCGGGUCGGUGCAUUUGGCUUCUUGUACCUAGCGCCGUACAUUAACGGUUACGAAGAGGAUGCUCCAGGAAACAUGGGCAUGUGGGAUCAAGCGCUGGCCAUACGGUGGCUGAAGGAAAAUGCGAAAGCGUUCGGUGGCGAUCCGGAUCUGAUUACACUGUUCGGUGAGUCUGCGGGCGGUAGCUCGGUUAGCUUGCAUCUACUAUCGCCGGUAACGCGCGGACUGUCGAAGCGCGGUAUCUUGCAAUCAGGAACACUGAACGCACCAUGGAGCCAUAUGACGGCGGAGAAAGCGCUGCAGAUAGCGGAAGGACUGAUCGACGAUUGUAACUGUAAUCUGACGAUGCUGAAGGAAUCGCCCAGCACAGUGAUGCAGUGUAUGAGAAAUGUGGAUGCGAAAACCAUCUCUGUCCAGCAGUGGAACUCGUACUCGGGCAUACUAGGAUUCCCGUCCGCACCAACCAUUGACGGUGUGUUUAUGACCGCCGAUCCGAUGACCAUGUUACGGGAGGCAAAUUUGGAAGGAAUUGAUAUACUUGUCGGUAGCAACCGGGACGAAGGUACCUACUUUCUGUUGUACGAUUUUAUUGACUACUUUGAAAAGGAUGCGGCAACCUCAUUGCCAAGGGACAAAUUUUUGGAAAUUAUGAACACCAUCUUCAACAAAGCAUCUGAGCCGGAACGUGAGGCUAUCAUCUUUCAGUACACCGGUUGGGAAAGUGGCAACGAUGGGUAUCAAAAUCAACAUCAGGUUGGCCGUGCGGUUGGUGAUCACUUCUUCAUCUGUCCAACGAACGAGUUUGCUCUCGGGUUGACGGAACGUGGUGCCUCGGUGCACUAUUAUUACUUUACACACCGUACCAGCACAUCGCUUUGGGGCGAAUGGAUGGGCGUACUGCAUGGGGACGAGGUCGAGUACAUAUUCGGCCAGCCGAUGAAUGCGUCCCUGCAGUACCGACAGCGGGAACGGGAUUUGAGCAGACGCAUGGUAUUGUCUGUCAGUGAAUUUGCCCGUACUGGCAAUCCUGCCCUGGAAGGUGAACAUUGGCCACUCUACACCAGAGAAAAUCCCAUCUUUUUCAUCUUCAAUGCCGAAGGUGAGGAUGAUCUGCGGGGCGAAAAGUAUGGCCGCGGUCCGAUGGCAACGUCGUGCGCGUUUUGGAACGACUUUCUACCGAGACUACGUGCUUGGUCAGUACCGUCGAAAAGUCCUUGCAACUUGCUCGAGCAAAUGUCGAUAGCAACCGUACCCGGUACGAUGCCUACCGUUGUGAUGUUGGCGUUGGUGUUGAUCUCGCUCUGUGCGGCGCUCGGAACCAACUAA